AUGGCAGCCUCUGAUGACCUUAUCAACUUCGACGUGAUCGAAGCGCAAAAAGAAAACAUUCAAGCGCUGCCGAGCGGACGCUCUGCCAAAAAGUUGGCCGAACUCUUUUCGCCCUCUCCUCUGCACAAGUUGGACACCCCAACACCAUCCGACACCAAAAAUGUCAACGAUUGUAUCAGAGCCGAGUACGAGGAGGAAAUACGCAACAUUUCCGAGUCAGACGACCCUCUCGAUAUCUUCGACCGCUAUGUGCGCUGGACCCUCGAUGCAUACCCAUCAGCGCAAGCCACACCGCAGUCUCAGCUUCACACCCUACUAGAGCGCGCGACCAAGACAUUUAUCGGUUCAUCGCAAUACAAGAACGACCCUAGGUAUCUCAAGAUGUGGGUGCUAUACAUCCAGUUCUUCUCCGACUCGCCUCGCGAGACAUUCCUUUUCCUGUCGCGCCACAAUAUCGGAGAGACACUUGCCCUUUUUUACGAAGAGUACGCAGCAUGGCUCGAAGGUGCAGGCAGAUGGAAGCAGGCGGAGGGGGUGUACAACAUUGGUAUAGAGCGGGAAGCGAGACCCGUCCAACGCUUGAUCCGCAAGUUCAAGGAGUUUGAGCAGAGGCUCGCCCAACAGCCAGACGCAGCCGAGGCACCUUCAUCACCAGCACUACCUACCGUUCGGCCUGCUCUGGCCGCCAAGGUUGACCCCUUUGCCGCUGCUCGCGCGGCUGCUACGGCGGAUCCCCAGGCGCCUCGCCCCAGCCAAGGUGUCGGCGGUGCCGCGCCCAAGUCGGGCAAGGCCAAGAUGUCCAUAUUUUCAGACACUGACUCCGCGCCACCGGCACUGGCCUCGCGUGGGCCUACAACCAAGGGAUGGGACAAUAUCGGCUCGUUGAGCGACCGGAAGAAGGAGAACGUGAUGGAGCCCAAGCCGUGGGCGGGAGAGACGUUGAAGGCGGGAGGAAAGAAGAGCACUGCUCCGAAGAUGGCCAUCUUCAGGGAUACGCAAUUGCGAUCAUCGCGGGCACAAAUGUCCAAGUCCCACAUCACUCUUGUGCCAUCAAAAAACCAAAUAGUCGUGAACCCCGUCAGCGGGAAGAAGGAGCAUAUCUUUGUCAGCCUCGAAGCUAUUUACCCUACACCCGAGGAACCCGGCUCUGAGCUCGGUUUCGAAGAGGUUUGGGCUACGAAUCGGGGCUGGCUGGAUGUAUCUUGGGAUGACGAGCCACUGAUAGAGGAGGCUGCGCCUGAGUUGAUGGAUGUGGAGCCUUCCAUUGUGGAUGACCUCAGUCAGAAGGUGCAGGAGAGGCUGGUUGUCCAUACAGAGACUGUUAUGAUGGAUGAGAAUGGUGCCAUUAUUAACAAGAAGGAGGGCAGAAGUAAAAAGAAGAAGAUCAUGGAGGUCAACGAGACCCAAGUCAUCAAAGCAAAUCUGGACUCGCCAUCCAGGCCAAAGCUGAAGAAGAGAAACACGGCUGAGCCGACAAUGACGCUUCACACUCGAGCUGCAACUGACGAAAUCUAUGAGAUUUUCAAUCAGCCCAUUCAGUCAAACCCUCAAGAAGAAGAGGAGGAGGAUGAAGAGGAUAGCGAGGAUGACGACGACUUUGAGACGGACGGCGACUACACAACUGACGCAGAGAGCACCAUGAUCACACGCCAGGUGGACAUGGCUGAGGACGCCGACGAAGCAGACGAGGAAACCUCGGAUGCGAAGAGCAUCAGCGAGUGGUCCGAUUUUUCUACCCGCAAGCAUGUCCCGGUUCUUAACGAGGACGCAACACAGAACGACAUUGACAACACCCAAGUUUCUGAUUUAAUGGACCCGAAUUACGCCGAACAGACGGGUCCUGUUUCUGAAGAGCAAACAGAAGCCCAGUACGACGGCCAGUCUGGAGACGAAGAGGAUGAGGAGGAUGAGGACCAGGACGACGAAGACUACCCGCCCAGAACCAAAACCAUGUUCGUCCCGAUACCACCAGAGGAUUAUGAGCCCAGAACAAGGCCGUAUAGGGACCCGGUCGAGAUGGCUAAUAACCGACUCCCCUUCAUGACCCCGAUCACGGAGAGAACUGAAUCUUCGCUUGCGUUUACAGAACGCAAGGCGAAAUACGAGACCCCGUGCCGCGAUGACAUGGAGUCAACCAUUGACGAGGAAGAGCCUUACAUGGAAGAGCCCGGUAGCAGCCCUUUGAGAGAGGUUCUGAGUGAAGUUCGGCCAGUGAAGAUUGCUCAGCCUCUCCUCGGCAAGGCGAAAUCUGCCUCGGCGAAGCCGGCACCUUCCAAGGGCCCGAUUAUCAAGGAGUUGCAAUGCAACCCGGUCGACGAGGCCGUGAGAAACGAGAUCCUCGCCAAGAUGCAGCCCUCGUUGGGCUCGUACCCCGGAUUCUACGACCACAGAGAUGAGAAGUACGAGAAGGGCAAUGAUAUCCGCAAGUUUGCCAGAGCCAUGACAAAGGCGGCCAAAGGUGGCUCGGACAGGAUGAGCAACGCAUGUGCUUUGGUCACCAUCGAGUUCCCCGACGUCGAUACCCAAUACACCAUCCGGAAGGAGCUCGGCGCAGGUGCUUUUGCCCCUGUCUACCUUGUCGAGAACUCGUCUGCCAACCAGGAGGACGAGGACGAGGAUGGCGUUGCGAUCAUGGGCAAGGGUGCAUUUUCCGUCAAUCACCGUAGCCCCUUGGAGGCGCUUAAGAUGGAACUUCCCCCGACGCCGUGGGAGUUCCACAUGAUGCGUCUCGCCCACGUGCGACUGGGUCCUCAGCACCGCGCUGCUGCCUCCAUCUCGUACGCCCACGAGUUCCAUCUCUACAAGGAUGAGGGCUUCCUCUUCCUUCCCUACCACCCCCACGGAAGUCUUCUCGACGUCGUCAACUUCUUCCGCGCCGAGCCAUCCGCCGUUAUGGACGAGCAGCUGGCCAUGUUCUUCACUAUCGAGCUCUUCCGUACCGUUGAGGCCCUGCAUGCCCGCAGCGUCCUCCACGGCGACCUCAAGGUGGACAACUGUCUCCUCCGCUUGGACAGCGGCUCCGGCGACCAGCCGCUGUCAUCGCAGUACAGCGCCGAUGGCACUGGCGGUUGGGACGCCCGGGGUGUGACCCUCAUCGACUUCGGCCGCGGCAUCGAUAUGCGCAACUUCGAGGCGGACGUCGGCUUCAUCGCAGACUGGAAGACCAGCGCGCAGGACUGUGCCGAGAUGCGCGAGGGUCGUCCGUGGACGUGGCAGAUCGACUACCACGGCCUCGCCGGUAUCGUGCACUGCCUUCUCUUUGGCAAGUACAUCGAGACGGUGCGCUGCGACCAGGGCGGCAUCGGCGCCGGACGCAAGUACCGCGUCCGCGAGAGUCUGAAGCGCUACUGGCAGACGGAGAUCUGGGGCGAGUGCUUCGAUAUGCUUCUCAACCCCGGGUCUUACGUUGCCGCUGAGGACGGCGCACGCAUGCCGGUGCUCAAAAGCAUGCGCAGCGUCCGGGAGAAGAUGGAGGUCUGGCUGGAGAGCAACUGUGAGAGAGGUGUGGGGUUGAAAAGCCUCAUGGGCAAGGUCGAGGCUUUUGCUAAGGGCCGGAGGUGA